AUGACGUAUAAUACCAAAACAUUGUCCGUCAGCGACAUCUGGAUGCCCGAGCAAGAGAAGCCCGAGCAGCCGCAGGCACAAGAGAAGAAAAAGGUGCCCAGACAACGACUGGUCAAGGACGAGAACCCCAAACAGACGCCUGGACAUUUUUUCGACACUGCCGAAAUCGCAACGUCGAUCAACAUCGCCAUGGCCGAUUAUCUGAUCAAGGCCAAGAAACAGCCUCAAAAAGCCCAAUCUGAGUCAUUCCGUCUCCUCUUGAACCAUCUCGACUUUGUCCACCAUGGCUUCAGCUUCUGGGUUGGUCAGUUGAAGGAAAAACCUGAAUGGAUCGACUUUCGAGCCGCGUCAGCCAGACUAGAGGCCUUGGAGGAUAAAUUGGAAGAAUUGAAGAAGAAGAUCCUCGAGGUGGAACAGGAAUUCGCUCUGGAAAGACCAGCAUGGGAUCUUGCGACCGUCUCGGCGAUAGUGCUGAUUCUUGACAUGGAGCUCCAGUCACUAGAGUCAGCUCCAAACACUCUUGGUGAAGUUGAAAGCGAAAUACUUCAACGCUUGGUGCUGGGACCGUGCGAUGAAAUACCCGACCGGGCGGGUACAGGUCUUCCUGCCAUCUUCGCGGUAUGUAUUAGUAGUGAGCAAGUCAUAUGGGGGGAGUGCAAAGCGCGAUGGUGGCCGUUUAGUCUCGUCGACUCUACCUUCUGCGAAAUGCGGCUCGGGCGACUUCCGAACGACGGUGAUAAAUUGCGCGAGAGGAUCGCACAAUUUCAAAAAGCCUGGGGCAAUGCCAAGGGCGACACGGGAAGAAUGAAGGAACUUAUGGAAGAGGGAAGCAUUGUACCAUUCAAACACGACGAGGAGCUGAGAGCGUAUCAUCUUUGCUUUGAUGGUCGGAUGAGGACGUUCACUCGAUGUCGUCCGUGUCUCAAGUGCUCUUACGUGUAUGUUUGGGGCGGACAGGAAGAGGUGGUUCAUGAAGGCAAGUUUAACCGGGUCAAGAACUGCGCUGAAGACGACGUCCAUUUGCGCCUACAGCAACAAUUGGGCGAGAAUGUGCAGGAUGAUUGA